AUGUCACCAAUCAUCCUUCUUAUCUUAGGCUUAGCUAGCAGUUCCACCCAAGAAUGUGAUGACCCUACUCGCCAUAUCACUGAAGACAUCGUCAUGUCCAGAUCCAAGAAAAAAGGCUGCGAAUAUAAUAAUGCAGGGCCAGCUGACUACUAUGUAUUAUCUCUCCAAUGGAAACCUUCUUCUGACUGUGCCAAAACUGACUCCUGUGCUCCUGGCUACCUAACCCAAGAUUUUAGUAUCCAUGGUCUAUGGCCAAACCGUUUGGAUGGCAAUCAUCCUUUCUGCUGUCAUCCAACUGAUCACUUUGUGCCAAGCCAAGACCUCGAAAAGGAGCUUGUGAAGUAUUGGCAGUCUUUUAAAGACGACCAACUUUCUUUUUGGGACCACGAAUGGGCAAAGCAUGGGACCUGCUCACUAUUUAAGACUCCUGAAGACUAUUUCAGAGGCGGACUCAUGCUAUUCAAACAAGUCGACCCAGAAGGGAUUUUUAAUAAAUUUGAUAUUCAGCCUGGGGAAAGCCAUAAUGUAAAAGAAUAUAUCGAUGCCUUAGGAGAUGACGCAUAUCCUGUGUGCAGGCGUGAUAAGCAGACAGGAGAGACUAUCCUUUCAGAAGUAAGAUACUGCUUCGAUUUCGCAGGAAAGCUAAUAAUUUGUCAGAAGAGAGAGGAGUAUAGCUGCAGAAAUGGCAAAGAAAUCAAGUUUAGGGCUUAA